AUGUCCUCUCCACGCUCAAUAACGAUAUCCUACUCCCUCACCCCGCCCGCCACCACCUCCCUCCCCCCCUCGUCCCCGACCGAGCCCCAGCCGGUACCGACGAGCAACACCCUCUCUUUCCCCAUAGCUCCGCCCAGCCCGCUCAAAAUCCCGUACAUAAGCGCGACGACGAAAUACUACACGAGCACUUCGGCGUCGUUGUUGUCGGCGCAGGCGGUGUUGAAUGAGAAGCUGAGUUAUUGGAAAGAGGCGAUAGGCGAUGGAGAGAAGGAGAAGGAGGCGGGGGAGGGGAAGGGGUAUGGGAGGGGGAAGGCGAUGAUGAUGAGUGCGGAGGUCAAUGGGGAGAUGGAGAGUAGUGGAAGUGGGAGUGAGGGGGAGUUAUGA